AUGCCCAUCCCCAGCGGCACAUCACCAAAUCUUAAUCCUUCAUUCUACUUGAUCGGAGAUGACCUCUCAACCGCUCAGUCGGUUACACUUGACGCAAAAUGGAAACUUGAAGAUGUGAAACGAGCUGUUGGUGGUUUCUUCCACGUGGCUCAGCCAUUAGGUAGGCAUCUGUCAAUGAAUAUAAAGUCUUCUUGGCUAACAUCAACAGGUCUGAGCUUCCACGUCGGUGAUAGCAACCAAGAGCUUACCACAGUUGACGAAAUCCUCUGCACACCUUCAUCCACCAAUCCUAUCGGCCUCCGUGUCGAUGGUCAAGCAGUCCAAAGUCCCCAGGGCCCCGAGGGUCUUCCACUCGUCGGCAGUUUCUAUGAAAUCUUCCCUGAUCACCUCGGAAAUCACUAUCGUCUCUUUCGCAAAUACGGCCAUGUCAUCAAAACCUCCAACAUGGGAAAGACGACAUACCUCACCGAUAGCCCCGAGGUAGCAGCCGUAGCCCUCGCCGAAUCAGCCUACAUGACGAAAAAGAUCAAUGAGAACCAUCCCCUCUGGGGUGUGAAAGACAACACUGCCAUCUUCAUUGGAGACACUGAGACAGAGAACUGGCGUCUGGCACACAAGUUCCUCCCACCCGCCAUGGGACCCAAGGCUGUGAGGCACUAUACGCCGCUGAUGCAGGAGUGUGCCCGCAAGUCAUUCGCCGUGUUCGAUGAACUUGACAACCGCAGUCAGUCUUGGAAUGUGUAUCAGUAUAUGGUGAAGCUUGCCUCGCAGACCAUCGGCAAGUUCUCACUUGGCACGGACUUUGAACACUUCACCCACGUUGAUGCCCCAUUGCAUCCCAUCGUGACGAACAUUGCAAAUCUACUUUCUCUCAACAAGAAGAUUACUGCCCGUGGUGAAUGGUAUCGACAUCUUCCCUUUGGAGAUCCUGCGCGGUUGAAGACUGUUCAGAAGACUAUCUACUCUCUUUUGCAAGAGCAGAUUGACCGUGUAAAGGGCUCUGGUAUUGCCGGAAUGCCGAUGAACGAGGCUGCCAUCAACGCCUCUUGCGUGGUGGACUACCUACUCAACGCGGUCGAUGAGUCUGGCGAGAAGUUCCCCGAGGGCCUGGUCUUGGCCAACAUGCUGAUCGUCACGGGCGCGGGCUUCACGACUACAUCUGCGUUAAUGUCCUGGCUAAUAUACUGUCUGGUCAAAUACGAGGGCACCCAAGACCGACUAUACGAAGAGCUAUGCGAGGCUGGUAUAGCCAACGCCAAAGAACCAGUGACCUGGACUCCCGAGCUGGCACAUAGCCUGUCAUAUCUUGACUGUUUUGUCAAAGAGACGCAACGUUUACACAAUGCCUCUUUCCAGCCCGGUCGUACGACAAAGACAGACGUCGUCUUGCCUGGUGGGUACCGUCUUCCUGCAGACAGCGUAAUUGUUCCUGCGCUGUACGCAAUCCACACGAACCCAGAGGUAUGGCGCGAUCCCUUCCGCUUCGACCCUGGCCGAUGGACAAGCGAUGAAGUCAAGAAUAAGCAUCGGUGUGCGUAUAUUCCCUUCGCAACUGGUCCUCGUGGCUGCAUUGGUUUCAAUUUUGCGCUGUUGGAGGUUAAGAUCUUGUUAUCGGAGCUCGUGUCUCGGUAUGAGUUCUUCAAAGAGGGAUUGGAUGCGGUUGAGUAUGAUCCUGAGUUCCAGUUGAUUCGCCCGUUGAACUUUUAUGUGCGAGCCAAGAAGAGAGCGGGGGUUGAAUAG